UGAACUUUUACUUAGAAGUGUUGUAACUUUCCGCUUAUUUGUUUUUAUUGCCCUUUCUCUCCUCACUCUUCCUUGAGAACCUUUGGACCCCGGAAGCUCGGAGAAGCAGGCAGCAGAUCGUUCGGGACUCGUUUUGCGUUCUCUUUCCAUCAGGUUUGCUGGAAAAUACAAUCCUCAAGCAAAAUGGCUGCCACGCAGCUGACAGAGAGUACCAUAACAGUGGGUGGGCAGACUCUGUUCUAUAGACAGGCCAAACCAGCUCAGCUGGCCCCUCGUCUCUCUGUCUUGCUGUUGCAUGGCAUUCGUUUUUCAUCGGAAACUUGGCUCAAACUACAGACUUUGUCUAAACUAGCUGAAGCUGGAUAUCAUGCUGUAGCUAUUGACCUACCAGGUCUGGGUAAUUCCAAAGAAGCUACUGCUCCAGCUCCUGUUGGAGAGCCAGCACCCAGCAGUUUCUUGAGGUCCGUAUUUGAGGCCCUUCAGUUAGACCAGGCUGUGGUCAUCAGCCCAUCUCUCAGCGGGAUGUAUUCCCUUCCAUUCCUUUUCCAGCACAAAGAGCUGCUGAAGGCCUACAUCCCAGUGGCACCCAUCUGUACAGAGAAGUUCUCAGCCACACAGUAUGCUGGUGUCAAGACACCAACUCUCAUUGUAUAUGGGGACCAGGAUGUCCAGCUGGGAGAGGUCAGCCUGAACAACUUGAAGAACAUACCCAAUCACAAGGUGAUGCUGAUGGAAGGGGCAGGCCACGCUUGUUACCUUGACAAGCCAGAAGAGUGGCACCUUGGUCUGCUAAACUUCCUAAAGAGCUUGGAGUGAAGAAUAAACUGGCUCUGUGCUUUCUGAGCCAUCAUCAGUCCACUUCCA